AUGGCGCCACUUUGCAACUACCGGUAUUGUGUUUACAUCAACACAAAUUCAAACGGUCGGGAGCCUCCACAGCUGAAGAAAACGCCUUUCAAGGUAUCCACGCACCCAGUGAGGCACAGGGGAGAGCAAAGGACACAAUGUGAAUAUUGUUUCCGCCCCGGACACACAGCUGAGGUGUGUUAUAGACGCACUGCUGACGAACGUCAAGAACAAAGGCAAGAGAGGAUGCUGAUCAAGGUUCUGACGGAGGGAUUGGCGCAGCAACAAAUGCACCACCCCGAGCAGCCCUUUCAGGCCACCCCCCAGCCUCCCUGGCAACAUCAACCAGGACAUUACCCCAGCUGGAACGACUCCAGCUCCAUAGGACUCCGCACCAACGUCGGUGACCUGAGCCACAAUUUCGUGCUGCGACAAAGUGCCGACGUUGUGGCGGUGACGGAAACAUGGUUGAGUGAUAAGGUGGAACCGACGUUUGGCAGGAUCUCGGGCUACUCCCCGUGGGUGAGGAAAGACCGAGAAUUUAGAGCAGGCGGAGGUGUCGCUGCUUGCUUUAAAGACGGCCUCCAAACACAGGAGCUCGAAAUUGCUGUACCUCGCCAGACAGAGGCACUAUUCUUCAGGAUGGUACUUGCAGACAAGAGUGGGCUUCUCUUCUGUGUUAUGUACCGCCCCCCGAGACAAGGACGAGCCCCGUUGGACUUCCUGACGGAGGAACUUGACACCCUACUCCAACGACACAAGUGUUCUCAUGUAAUGUUAGUGGGGGACCUGAACCCACACAUGGAGCAGGAUGCGUACAACCAUCUCUUGGUGGUACAGGGCCUGGUUAACCACGUAACCUUCCCUACACAUGAGCGGGGAGGGAUGUUGGAUCCUGUAGUAACUGACCUCCCUGAAGCCAGCAUCCGCUGCCAGCAGUUAGGGCCUGUGGGUAGCUCAGACCACUUUGCCGUGCUGUCACAGGUAGAGCUGCAGACGGCGAGAGAAGAUGCCACCCCGCGCACCAUCUGGCUCUGGGACAAGGCAGACUGGCCAUCCAUGAAGCAGGACAUAGAGAACACGGAUUGGGAGGCCCUUCUGGUGGGAGAUGCUGAUGCCAGGGCACGUGCUCUCACCACCAGGCUCCUUGCCCUCCAACAAGUGCAUGUACCCAGCCGUUUGUACCUCUCCAAGCCUGGUGACCCAGCCUGGUUUGGUUUUCGCUGCAGAGCAUCUGCCGAGGACAAACAUGCUGCCUGGGUGAGGUACAAACGCCACCCAACACCCAGAAACAAGACACUGCACUGGGAAGCAUGCAAGAGGAUGUUAUCCACCUGCAGAUGGGCGAAAAAUCAGCUGAGGGAGGACAGAAAGCGAAAGCUCAGUGGUUCAGGUGUUGGAAACAAGACCUGGUGGAGACUAGUGAGAGAACAACAAGGAGCUUGUCAACGCGAGGCUCUCCUUCCACUCACCAGACCAGACGGAUCCACCGCCACGAGCACCACAGACAAGGCCACGCUCCUUGCUGAGUAUUUUGCCAACAAAAUGAUGGUGGACGACCCAGCACGACCUGUACCUCAACUGGCCCAGGAGACAGACAAUACUGUCACCACCGUCCUGGUGACGGAAGAGCAGGUAGAGCGGCUGCUUGGUGCGCUGGAUGAAAGCAAAGCCACGGGUCCGGAUGACGUCAGUCCGCGGCUCCUCAAGCACUGCGCCAGAGAGCUGACAGCUCCUCUCACCACAGUCUUCACGACUUGCCUGAAAGAAAACAAGUGGCCCUCAGUAUGGAAGGAGGCGCGAGUGGUCCCGGUCAACAAAAAAACACGAAGUCAGAGCCCACCAACUACCGACCCUUCUCGCUGCUCUCAGUGGUGGGCAAGGUGA